AUGACCGGUCAACCAACUCCCUUUGGCAAGCCAAUGCUAAAGCAUUGGAUGUUUGACCCCGCCUAUAAGAAUCUUAACCAUGGUUCAUUUGGUGCCCAUCCAAUUCCUGUGAAAGAAGCACAACGUGCCUUCUUGGAUAUUGCCGAUGUGCGGCCAGAUCCAUAUAUCCGCCGAUACCAUGCAGAGUAUCUAGACGAAGCUCGUGAGGCUGUCGCAAAAGUUCUUAACGCCCAGCGGGACGAGUGCGUGUUUGUUAAGAAUGCGACUACAGGCGUGUCAACAGUACUGUAUAACUUGGCUUUCCAACCGGAUGAGGCACUCAUCUAUUUUGAGCCUGUCUACGGUGCUGUCGAGAAGGGUGUUGUCUCGUUACAAGAGCAUAGCUCCUUCCCAUCCAAAAAGGUAUCUUUCCAGUAUCCCAUUACUGAAAACGAGCUAGAGCGCCGUUUCCGCGAGGUAAUUCGUCAAACUCGUGAAGAGGGGCUGAAGGUCCGGGCCAGUGUCUUCGAUGCCAUUGUCAGUAAUCCGGGUGUGCGGUUCCCCUUUGAACUGAUUACUGCAAUUUGUCGUGAAGAGGGUAUUUUGAGCGUCAUCGAUGCUGCGCACGGUAUUGGAAAUAUCCAUCUCGAUAUGGCGAAGCUACAACCUGACUUCUUCGUAUCAAAUUGUCACAACUGUGCAGUCCUCUACACACCCCGACGUAACCAGCAUCUAAUCCGCAGCACUGUGCCAACAUCUUGGGGAUUUAUCCCAGCCCCAGAGUCUCCCGAAACCCUCGCCUCAGUCCUUGAAGACCCCAACGCCCCCGUAACAAAGACUGCCUUCGAGCAACUUUUCGAGUUUGUCGCCACCAGUGAUGACUCCGCGUACAUCUGCGUCCCGGCGGCGUUGAAAUUCCGCGCUGAAGUCUGCGGAGGCGAGGACGCUAUCAUUGCCUACACCCAUCGUGUUGCAAAUGAAGGCGCUGAUGCUGUUGCGGCCGCUCUCGGUACUGAUGUCCUGCAAGAACCUGAUCUGAAGCCUGGCCAGGAGAGCCGUAUGCGCCAGUGUGCUUUGACUACAGUCCGGCUGCCUAUUGCUGUUGCUACUGCUGAGAAGGAACCUGGAUCAUUCGAUCACAACCCUUUGGUUGUGUUAUCCGAGGAAGAAGCCCCCAAGGCAUUUUCUUGGAUCCAGACGCAGCUGUUGGAUCACCAUAAUACUUUCCUGCCAGUUUUCCGCCAUGGACCUUGGCUAUGGACUCGUCUGAGUGGCCAGACUUACUUGGAGAAAAGUGAUUUUGAAUCUAUUGGGGUUGUCUUGCGUGACCUCUGUGAACGGGUUGCGAAGAAGGAGUUCAAGGCUUGA